AUGGCUUUCCCUAUUCCAUCACAUUUGCCGCGCAGGAAGGAACCACAGGAUGUAUCCACCAAAAUAUUGACCAAGAUAUCGGAGGCGACGGCAAAGUCUCUUGAUGCGCAGCUGGCUUCCUCAUGGGUGGCGGAACUGGAUGAUACCAUAACGCAAACGAAGCGACGUAUACAUGAGCGGAUGUCAGAGGACCUCCCAGCAUUAGAGCGGCAGAUGUCAGCUGCGAAGUCUAUCCAGGAACGGUUGGAUUCCUUGACGAGUAAUGUCGACCUUCUCAGCAGUAGUCUGUCGGACCCAGAGUCAGGUCUCAUACCUACACUGAUCACUGCACUGACUCAACAUGCGUCGCUCUCUCAAGAGACGUCAGACGCAGAUGUCAAGUAUAAUGCACUAUCCCAUCUUCUCCGCUGCAGGGGCGACUUCUACAACCUGUCGCAACUGACCCACAAUGGGAAACUGCCUCAGGCUGUGGGAGCUUGCAGGGACCUUGAUCGACUCCUUGGUGAAUCUCCCUCCCCCUUAGGCCAGAGUGCGAUCAUGCUGGACUUGAAGCGCAAUUGCGCGGCUAUGCAGGCACGUACGGAAGAGCAGCUGAAUGACGCAUAUACUCGCAGCAUCCAGGUCUCUGCGUCUGAAAUCAUCAUUUGUCCCUCAAUUCAAGUCAGACAGUCGGAGACUAUCCUGUCUUUGGCGUCGAUCCUCUCUGCCCUUUCGGUGGCCUCCCUCACCGCCCAGCUCACGUCUUUGCGACGGGAUCUGUCCGCACUCUAUAUUGAACAUCUGAUGAAGCAGCCAGUGGCCGUUGUGGUGACGUCUGUUAAAGAUGUGACCGGGACACUUGAGCACAAACUGACAAUGUUCCCCUCGCCUCCGGACUCGGCAAGUCCAACAUCCCGGCUAGAAAAUCUAUCCGUGGUUCUCACAUUUCUGAAUACGCACCUGUUCCCUUAUCUCCCUGAGGCGGAACUUACAGCCUUCCCAUAUUCUCUCUGCAAGCCUAUCAAAACAGCUGUACUGACUCACCUGCUCGUUCCUUCGCUGCCUUCAUCCAUUGGAAAGCUUCCCAAUUUUUUGAAUCUAACUCGUCAAGCAGUGGCAUUCGAAGAUGAGUACAUUGGCUUAAUACUGGGAGACCAUAGCGGAGAUCGGGACGUCAAAGCCUGGGUGAGCACCGUGGGGUCGCACUACGAACGCAAGCGCCGCGUAGAGAUCCUUGAGAGUGCUCGGAUCACCAUUCUGCAUCCGGAGGAUGAAAGUCGGACUUUCCAUGUGGAUUUGACAAUCACCUCGGAGCCAGAGUCUACGGCCGCCCCGACUGUUCCUGAACCCCCCCGCAAGGCGCAACCCCAAGCUAUUGAAGAGGAAAGUGAAGUGGCGUGGGGUUUCGAGGAUGGACCAGUUCAUAAUGAUGAUACUAGCGCCGGCGAGGAAAAUGGAUGGGGUUUCGACGAUGAGCUCGACCCCGAGCCCGAAACGGAAGCUCAGCCUGAACCUCCACUGGAGCCAGCUUCUAAUGGUACUGAGGCCGAAGAAUACUCAGGGGAUGCUUGGGGGUGGAACGACGACGAAAGUUCACCAGCUGGAAGCUCAACAACUGCUGCGGACGACAGUCCUUGGGAUGAUGGGUGGAACGAUCCACCAGAAGAGAAAGGCUCUCCACACGGGACGGAUGCGUCCGCCAAGCCUGCGAAACGGUUGGAGAAAUUCACGUCGAAGUACCGCAUGGAUGUGGAUUCGUCGCCACUGAAGUCUCCUCCGCUCAUUGCACCUCCCCCACCCACACCUGUUAUAUCGGUGGCGCCAAAGCAGUAUGCACCCCCCACGGUGAUCAAGGAAUCUUAUGUAGUUUCCGGUCGUACAAAGGAGCUGAUCCGACUCGUAGAAGACGUUUUGGCAGAGGGCGCAGAACUAGCGUCAUCCGGGAUCUUGUCUGCUUAUUACGCUUCGUCAGGCUCACGGGCAGGAGCCCUGAUACUACAGGCGGCACCGCUGACGCUGGAACUCUAUCGUGCUUUGUAUCCGGUGUCGGCUUCAGUGGAACUGACAUCUUCAUCUCGGAGAUCCAUACGCUUUUCUAAUGAUUGCUUGUACAUUGGGAGUGAGAUUGACCGCAUAGUGCGAAAUCUCAAGGGCGCCAUGUGCUCGGCGAAGGACAAGCUGGUUGAGUGUAAAGAAGCGAUGAAUGUUUUGGGCGACAGUUGGUUUGAGGAGACCAUUGGUCGGCAAAAUGUCUGCACGAAUGAGCUGCUUGACAAAGCUGAGGGCUUCGUCGACACGAUGGAUCAGGAUCGCUUUGAUGAAUGUGAAGAUGCUGUCAAUAAGACAUUACAGCGGAUACGACAAUUUGCACAGCAACUGAAGACUAAUCUGAACAAGAGCAAGUACUACCUUGCGAUAGGUUCAGCUGUAGAUGCUGCUUUGUCUCGCAUUCUUACGGAUAUGCUGGCGCUUCCUGACAUCACGGCUGUGGAGUCGCACCGAUUGAGUGAGCUCUGCCGUAUCUUGAACGCCCUGGAGGGGUUAUUCGUAGAGAAUCCUGACCAGCCAUCUUUUGUUGUUUCGUAUGUACCAUCAUGGCUGAAAUUCUCAUACCUCUCGGAGCUUCUGGAAGCAUCUAUCGCUGAUAUAUCAUACUUGUUCGAGGAGGGUGCUCUCGUUGAUUUCGAGCUUGAAGAGCUGGUGAAGCUCGUACGGGCUCUCUUUGCGGACACGCCGUUGCGAACAAAUACCAUCAAUAAACUACUACAGGGUCACCCGGUGCAUUCAUAG